AGUAAAUCCCAAAAGAUAACCGUGUCUUCAGCAGCGGUACGACUUACUCUACGACAGCGAACAGCAGAUUUAUUAAAUUAAUUAGGAACGUUACAUGUAUUAUAUUUAAUUGUGUCGUUCUGUUGGUUAUAAUAUUGUGGUGUGCAAGGGAGAAGCUUUUCUAUUUUUGACUCAAAAGAAAAAAUUACAUAAAUAUUUAGAAAAACACAAAAAUCAAUACUGUAUUUAAUUUUAACCAUAUUCCCUAAAUGUACACGAGCAGAAACUCGGCCAAAACCUGGAAACGAGGAAAACCGAAGGUGAAGACCAGCAGUCAGCGGUUGUCGAUGCUCGGCACCAACUCACAACGACCGAGGCGUUAUUUAGUUAUUUAUUAAAACUUUUAAUGGAGACCUGUUUCCUGGAGCGGGAUAAUCUCAGAAGGAUGUUGGUUCCUGAGACUCAGACUCAGGAACCGACUUGUUUGCGGGAGAAGCGACGGGUAAGAGGCUCAAAGAGUGACAGGCUUCACUUGGGAGGAAGUUUGACAAAAGCCGCAGAGUCCCCUCCAGGAUCCACGGUAUGGAGUCAGGACAAAACGCUCAGGUCAGCGACAUGGGAGUGGAUUACUCCGCCGGGAUGAACACGUUGGACAGGGAGCGGGAGAGGCCCGAUGUCUCCAGCCCGAGUCCCCCCUUCAAGCAGCGGUCUCUGCGGGUGGUCUACGUCCUGAACGACGGUCUGAAGUCGGUGAUGGCGAGCAGCCCGGAGUCCGGAGCUCUGCAGUGUCUACAGCGGGCCUGCGACACCGAGAGCGCGCUGCUGACCACCGUCACCUUCGGGAGGUUGGACUUUGGGGAAACGUCAGUGUUGGACACGUUCUACGAUGCAGACAUCGCUGUGGUCGAUAUGAGCGAUGUGUUUCGACAGCCCUCGCUCUUUUACCACCUGGGGGUGAGAGAGAGUUUUGACAUGGCUAACAACGUGAUCCUAUACCAUGACACUGAUCCUGAUACUGCCCAGUCCCUGAAGGACAUGGUGGCACAGAAAAAUACGGCGUCCAGUGGAAACUACUACUUCAUCCCUUACACCGUGACCCCCAACCACGAGUACAUGUGUUGUGAAAGUGACGCCCAACGCAGAGCCAGUGAGUACAUGCAGCCCAGCUGGGACAACCUCCUGGGACCACUCUGCGUACCCCUCAACGACCGCUUCAUCAGCCUGCUGAGGGACAUCCACGUCACGUCCUGCGCCUCCUUUAAGGACACUUUGCUCAAUGACAUCAGAAAAGCCAGAGAAAAAUAUCAGGGAGAAGAACUGGCCAAAGAACUCUCCCGCAUCAAACUCCGCAUCGACAACACCGAAGUUCUGACCCAGGACAUCGUCAUGAACCUGUUGUUUUCCUACAGAGACAUCCAGGACUACGAUGCCAUGGUGAAGCUGGUGCAAACUCUAGAAAUGUUGCCCACCUGUGAUCUGGCCACGCAGCCCAUGAUCCAGUUCCACUACGCCUUCGCUCUCAACAGGAGAAACAGUCCUGGAGACAGGGAGCAGGCUCUGAGGGUCAUGUUACAGGUGUUACAGUCGUGUGAACAUCCCGCUCCAGACAUGUUCUGUCUGUGUGGACGGAUUUACAAGGACAUCUUUCUGGACUCGGAUUGCAAGGACACCAAGAACAGAGACAACGCCAUCCAGUGGUACAGGAAAGGUUUUGAACUUCAGCCUACUCUCUACUCUGGCAUCAACCUGGCCGUUCUGCUCAUAGUGGCAGGUCAACAGUUUGAGAGCUCUAUGGAACUGAGGAAAAUAGGCGUGAGGCUGAACAGCCUGCUGGGACGGAAAGGUUCCCUGGAGAAAAUGAACAAUUACUGGGAUGUGGGCCAGUUCUUCACAGUUAGCAUGUUAGCCAGCGACAUCCCCAAAGCCACCCAGGCUGCAGAAAAGCUCUUCAAACUGAAACCCCCUCUCUGGUACCUGCGCUCGGUGGUGCAGAACCUGCAACUGAUUCAAAGGUUCAAGAAGCAGACGGUGGAACACUCUCCGCAGCGCGAGAAACUCAACUUCUGGAUGGACAUCAUUGUGGAGGCCACGCAGGGAACCACCAACAGACUGCGGUUCCCAGUGUUGAUUCUGGAGCCGACCAAAGUUUACCAGCCGUCCUACGUGUCCAUAAACAACCAGGCCGAGGAGAAAAACGUCUCCAUAUGGCACGUUUCCCCUCCAGAGACAAAAGGAAUCCAUGAGUGGAACUUCUCUGCAUCGUCCAUCAAAGGAAUCAGCAUCAGCAAGUUUGACGAGCGCUGCAGCUUCCUGUACGUCCACGACAACUCUGACGACUUUCAGAUCUACUUCUCUACAGAAGAACAGAGUGGUCGGUUCUGUUCCAUGGUGAAGGAGAUGAUUUCUGAUGGAACAGGAAAUGCUGUGGAGCUGGAAGGAGAAGGAGAAGCAGACACACUGGAGUACGAGUAUGACACCAACGAGACAGGCGACAGGGUGGUGUUGGGCAGAGGAACCUACGGCGUCGUCUACGCCGGGAGAGACCUGAGCAACCAGGUCCGAAUCGCCAUCAAGGAGAUCCCAGAGAGAGACAGCAGAUACUCUCAGCCUCUCCAUGAGGAAAUCGCUCUUCACAAAUAUCUGAAGCACAGGAACAUCGUCCAGUACCUGGGUUCUGUCUCUGAGAACGGAUACAUUAAAAUCUUCAUGGAACAAGUGCCUGGAGCUGUCGGACCCCCACUCUGUCCCCUCACCAGGAAGCCUGUCGCCCUGUUGACGUCUAAAUGGGGUCCCCUCAAAGAGGCCACCAUCAUCUUCUACACCAGGCAGAUCCUGGAGGGCCUGCGGUACCUCCACGACAACCAGAUCGUCCACAGAGACAUUAAGGGGGACAACGUCCUGGUCAACACCUACAGCGGCGUCCUGAAAAUCUCCGACUUCGGGACGUCCAAGCGUUUGGCAGGGGUCAACCCCUGUACAGAAACUUUCACUGGGACUCUUCAGUACAUGGCACCAGAGAUCAUCGAUAAGGGCCCUCGAGGUUAUGGGGCCCCUGCUGACAUCUGGUCGCUGGGAUGCACCAUCAUAGAAAUGGCCACUGGGAAACCGCCCUUCCACGAGCUGGGCGAACCGCAGGCGGCCAUGUUUAAAGUGGGAAUGUUCAAGAUCCAUCCAGAAAUCCCAGAGUCUCUGUCUCUGGAAGCAAAGUCCUUUAUUCUGCGCUGCUUCGAGCCGGACCCGCACAAGAGAGCGACGGCCACGGACCUUCUCAGAGACACCUUUGUCAAACAGACCACCAAGGGCAAAAAGAGCAAGAUAGCAUUCAAGCCUUCAGGUCUGGACAUUUUCUUCAUGUUUGCUUUUUCUUUUUGUGUCUGUUCAGACUACAUCCACAAUAUCUCCCUGCCGGUGCAGUUACAGUGUGAGGCCACUGGGAGCAGCAGCAGUGAACACGGCUCCGUGAGUCCGGACUGCGACUCCAAACAUGACGUCUUCUUCCACAAGAAGAAAAACUCCGGCUCCGAAAACCUGCUGAAACCACCGAGCUCCAACUACCUGAGUGUUCCAGAGUCCACGCUCGUGUCAGAGGACCGUAACGCCCCCCCCUCCCCCGAGGACAGAGACAGUGGUUUGUUCAUGUUGAAGAAGGACAGCGAGAGACGAGCCAUUCUCUACAAAGUCCUGAACGACGACCAAGAGAAGGUCAUUUCAAACCUCAAAGAGAACCAUAUCCAGGGCAGCGAUGAGUUCCAGUUGUCCCUCGACCACAUCAAGCAAAUCAUCUGCAUCCUCCGAGACUUCAUCCAUUCACCAGAGAGACGUGUCAUGGCCGCCACCAUCUCCAAACUCAAGCUGGACCUGGACUUCGACUCCACCUCCAUCAACCAGAUCCAACUGGUUCUCUUCGGCUUUCAGGACUCGGUGAACAAAGUCCUGAGGAACCAUCACAUCAAACCUCACUGGAUGUUCGCCAUGGACAACAUCAUCCGCAGAGCUGUGCAGGCAGCCAUCACCAUCCUCAUUCCAGAACUCAAGACUCACUUUGGUCCGGCGUCGGAGUGUGAAGGAGCGGAGAAAGAAGACGAGGUGGAUGAGGAGGAGACGGAGUUCACUCCAGUUUUGGCUCCGCACGCAGACGACACCGGAGCGACCGAGGCUGCCCACGCCACCACUGCACUGAACCCCUCCCACUCCCACGAACACCAGCGCCUGCAUCACCAUCACCUGGGCGCUCAGCUGGGCAAGAUUAAAUAUGAAACUACCAGACUGCUGGAGGAGCUGUUGCAGAAGGAGAAGGAGUAUCAGCAGGUGUUGAAGGCCACGCUGCAGCAGAGGUUACACGAUGUGGAGUUGGUCAGAGCCCGACACAGACCAGCAGACAUUUCUCCCCCCUCCAUCGUCCACAUCCCAGCAGACCACGAACCAGACCAGCAGCUCGUAGACUGGCUGAAGGAGCAGGGCGCCGAUCCAGACACUGUGGAUAAGUUCGUGUUGGAGGAAUACACGCUGAUUGAUGUCCUGUGUGACAUCACCAAGGAAGACCUCCGCUUUCUCCGUAUUCGGGGUGGAGUUCUCUGUCGGAUCUGGAGGGCGAUCCAACAGCACAGAGAGAGAGAGAAGGAAUGAUGAGCUGCGAACAUUCAGAGGAUGAAGCAUGAUGGGAAAUGUGGACAAACACACCACCAGUCCCUGCUGCACCGAUGCCCCCCCAUCCACCCCGGUCUCUUUGUAACUCUCUCUCUCUUUCUUUUUAUCAUCACUGUUUUCAACUUUUUUUUUUUUGCGUUUAUAAAAUUAAUUCAUGUCAUGUGUUUUUUUCACUGUAAGAACAAUGCACUAAACCAGACGUGAAAAUUAAAAACUUAAAAUUCCUUAAAGUUAAUUUAUAAAAUAAUUUUACUUGAAACAAUAUACUGACUACAUAUAUGUGUGUGUAUGUAUAUAUAAAUACAUAUGUGUGUAUGAAUAUAUAUGUGUAUAAAGACAUAUAUAUACACACAUAUAUAUUUAUUUAAUGUAUAAUAACAGAGAUUUCUUUUCAGUUCCAGGGUGAUUCACGCUCAGUGCAGUUAAAGAGAAAAGUGUAAAUGAUUUUGUGCAGAUAUGUAAAACUAUUUGUUUAAGUCGUUUCCGUGUGUGUUCACACCUUUGUUCACUCUUCAGUGACGUUGUCAAACACCAUGGCUUUGGUGUGUGCAAUAAAUGUGGAAAUGCAAAACGUCAA